UUUUCUUCCAUGGCCCAAACCCAAUCCCGUGAUUCAGGCACAGGAGCCCUCAUCCCGCGAUUCCUUGCACAGGAGCCGCCUCGCCCGCUCGGAUCUCGCUUGUUCCGCAGUGGGGCGCCACAUCCCUCAUCCCUCAUCCGGCCGGAGAAUGAAAGUUCGCCGUCGGACGAGAUCCCGUCCCCGAGGCGUCCCGAUUUCGUCUGCAAGGGCGCGGGCAUACGGAAGAACUCGCCGCGGCCACAUCCCGGCACAGCAGCUCGCUCCCCGCGGGUCAACGCCGCCCGCCGCCCACGCGGGCUUCGCCCUGCCAAGGCCGCGCGCGAUGCCAUAGAGCGUCUGCAAGGGCGAGGGGCUCGCCGCGGCCACAUUCCGGCUCAGCAGCGUCGCUCGCCGCGGGUCAACGCCGCCUGCGAAGGCCGCGCGCGGCGCUGUCGAGCGUCUGCACGGGCGCGGGGCUCGCCGCGGCCACAUCCCGGCGCAGCAGCGUCGCUCGCCGCGGGUCAGCGUCGCCUGCGAAGGCCCGCACAACCUCGAGACAGGGGCUCCUUCCGCGAGCAGAAGGGAAUCGACCUGAAGCUUCCCUCACAACCAGCGCGCCUAAGGAAGGGAGAGGGGGAGCUGGGUCGCCGGGGAGAGGUGAAUUGGACGGAAGGAGCACCGAGGAGCCGGCGAUUGGCGGCGGCGGACUGUGCAACAACUAAAAAUACUGCAAAGUGUGUGGUGAUGCUGCCGAGCUGCCGGCCCGCCCGCAUAUCCAGGGCGGCACACGCUCCCUGGCCGCGCCCCUCUCACUGGACCUCUUCAGCGAUCCGUUCCUUGCCGUCAGAACGUCCCUGAUCGCCGGAGAGCUCCGCCCUGAACCGUCCCUCACCGGCCUGCUCCGCCCUGAUCCAUCUCUGCCCUUCUGAGAUAGCUGAUGCUUGCAUAAUUGGUGGAUGCUACCUAACAGAUGCAGAAGAGAGAAGUUAUGCAGGUUUGCAGAUACACCAAAAGAUUAUGCACAGCUGACUCCGCAUCUGUUUCUUCUGCAAAAGAUGGCUUCAGUACGUACAAGAGCGGCAGAUUCAGUGAUGGACAGAGGUAGUAUUAUUAAUGACAAGGGAACAUAGACUGGUCACAUAUUUGUGACAACUACUGCUGGCAAAAAUGAAAGCGCUACAAGAACAGUGAGCUCUAUGCAAUGUUUCUCUUCUAUAACUGAGAAAGAUUAGCCAUAUCUAAACUUGGUUUUGUAGUAUACGCCUGAGACUGUUCAUGGUGUUGUAAUCGAGCAUUACAACAUGUACCAGCACAUGCCACUUAUCCAAGUGAAGUUGUAUAAUAUUUAUGUGCAUGUACUUUACUGGCAUGUUCAGUUCGCAUAAGAAAGCAACUCAUUUAAAGCAA